UUUAUAUGAAAAUAAAUAGCAAGGAUAAUGGAGCAACCUGAAGAAAUUCCUCCAAGUAAACCAAGUCCAAGUAAAUCAAACAAUUCUGAUUCAGUGAAAAAAAAUAAAAUACGUGGGAAAAAAAGGAAACGUGAAAGCAGCACAAGUACAGAUGAAGAUGAUGUCUUGCCUGAAAACACACUUGAAUUUGAAAAUAAUCUCCAAGCAACAGCCUUAAAAAACAAUUUAGAUGAUCAAGUUGUUAAGAAAAUACUGAAAAAAGUGGUAACAAAUGAUCAUGUGCUGGCACUUGUUAAAUUGCGUGAAGAGGAAUUGGAGUCGACACUCACUCAGGAAAGUGUACAACCUAAGCUCACACGAGCUAAAGCCAAAGAGUUAAUGAAAGCAUCACCACAAUCAGCUCCAUGGAACUUGGAAUUGACACCAAUAAAACAUAUUCCAGUGAAGACGAGGCCGGAAGUAAAGGCUUUAAUAGCACAAGAACUGCCAGAGGACGAGGAUGACGAAGAGUAUAAGCCUACACUUGAAGAUGUAGCGAGUGAUGAUGACCAUGCUACUAGUAGUGACAUAGAUUCGCAGCCAGCGACGCCGGCGACACCAAAAAGUGCAAAUAAAACAAGUCCGAAAGUUGUCACGGAUGGGCCGUUUAAAGUGCCGCAGGAAACAGUAUCACAAGUGCGAAAGCAAUUAGAUUUAGAAGAGGAAGCGACAAUAGCGCUCAGAACUAGGUCCAAAUUGAGCCUUUCGGAGACUCCAAUAGAACACAUAGAGAGUUCAUUCGUUCCACCUGACGAUAUACCUUUACCAGAUGUGGAUUAUCUGUGGACUGACUUCUUGGAAAGUUGUCUGAACCCCAUUCCUAGUACAAGGAAUGAAGAUGAUGACGAGGCUGACCCGGAGUAUAAUGUGGCUGCUGAUCCAGAUGCUGGUGAGGAAGAUGAAGAAACCCUUGAAAACAGCCUUAUAAAAAUAUCUAAAAAGGAAUUAAAUGAUUUAGUCACAGAACUAUUUAAUGUGAUGCCAGAACCGGAACUAACACCACUGUUAAAUGUUGUUUUUGGUAAUGAAAAAGAGGUAAACAAUUCGCAAUGGGAGGGGAAGCAAGAGCCAAAAUCAGAUGACGAAACUCCUUGUUCAUCAGCGUCUCUCAUAACGUUUGAGAGAAAUGACAAUGUUAGAUUAUCAAUUGGGAAAAUUGAACCUGUAGAAAAUAAUGAAGAACCUGCAAGUCAAACUGUUACAGAAGAAAUGCCUCCAACAGAAGAGAAGCAAGAAGAAACGGAGACGUUGGAACCACCGCCCGUACUACAUUCAAUUCUCAACCCGUCGCCGGAGACAUUGCACGUUGAGAUCGAUGGUGAUGAUAUUGUAACACCACAACAGAUAUUAUUACUCCAGCAACAGUUACGAAUGCACAUACAGAUAUGCACUUCUAACUUCCUGCAGUUAUUUGUGCACCCGACGCAUUGGUCGUACGCGCCCAAGUAUAAAGAGUAUUUGGAAUCACUAAACAACAUGGUGAUAUCGAACGCCGAAUCGGUAGCCAAUGUGUGCAACCUGAAACCAGCGCUCGACUUAAUUAACAGCUGGGAAACUUCAGUAUCGCAAGAUACGCCUGAAAAUGCUAAAAUGGUUGAGUUUUUGCGGGCUGAGGAGGAAAGAUAUCGGCGGCGUUCACUCGCGCACAGCUCAUACAUCGGUGAAUUCCCGGACCUGAUGAAGAGUGUUGUAGCGAACAGCCCGGUGUUCCUGUACCCGCACCUGCUGCCGGCCGCGCCCUUCCGCCCCGACGUGCUGCGGCGCAGGAACAACUACCUGCCGUCGGAGGAGCAGCUAAUAGUGAUCGGUUUGGACCAAUUCUGGACGUACGUAGAGGACAACCCGGAGAUAUACAAACCUCCGCGUGGCAACCCACGGCACCGCUGGGGUCUCACGGCCACUAUAGAACUGAUCUGCAAGUACAUGUUCCCCUGGGUCACUAUGAAGACGUUAUCGGGGCAUAUACAGUCGAUGAGGAAGGUGGGCGAUAAGAAUCAUCCGAUUAAGAGAUUCUUUGCAAACCGGUUCGUGGAUACGACGAAGCACAAACUGAUCCCGUUCAACCCGGAGCUGACGCUGUACCAGCAGCCCGAGAACGAGAUGCCGAUGGUCUGGGUUCGAUACCUGGCCAAGAGCAGCAAGCGGUUCCGGACGUUCUUAUAUAAAAAGAAACCAAAAAAAUUUAAAAAUCCAGAAGGCAUUGAAAUAAACACUGGUACUACAGUGGAAAGUGCACCCAAACGGCCGCUGCCUAUAGAAUUUGUUAAAACUUUUCCACAAAAACCAAUAAACAUUGCGCCAAUGAAACCGAACCCACCGGAUAAAGUUGAUGUUCACAUACAAAAUGAAGAAAGUGAGACCCCUCAAAUGUACCAAGUUAUUAAUAUCGAUGCAGGGACAUUACUUGUGCCAAUAAAAUUAAAUCCUAACAGUGAUGUUACGAACCUUAACCCACAAAAUAGUAAAGCGAAUACGGAUAGCAUACACAUAAAACCAAAACCCGAUCAUUGUAUCUGUUGUGUUUUAUUGAGAAAAAUAUGUAAAUACAGACAAAAACGCAUCACAGAGUACAUAAAAAAGUUCGACGCAAAAGUCAUUUGUCCGUGUAAAAGUUUGAAACAUCCAAAAAUUUCGAAUAAACUGAAAUUGCUGUUGAGAACGUAUAAAUCGUCGUCUUUACGAAUAUUCGAUGAUUUGAGAGAGAAAAUCUGGUUGACCAAGAAAAAAAACAAUAAUAAUCAUAUGGUAGAGAAUAAUUCGGAUUUAAGUAAAAUGGCGGAAUCCAAUAAGGAUUUUGCCAAGGAUUUGGCUUUCGUUACAAUGUUCAAAGCGCGACUUUGCUUGCGUCAGAAUAAAGUUCGCAACCAGCAAAUAAAGCGUAGUUUGUUCAGAAUAUUGAGUCAAUUUAAAGAACAUACCGAUGAUCCUAUGAAACUAAUGGACGAUAUUUAUAACGCGUGUGAUGUUGACUUGGCGGAUAUGUAUAAGGAGUUUCUGGGAUUCUUAACAGCGGAACAAGCGGAUAAAAUCGACAAAUUAAAAGACUACUUCGUACAUAACUGUAUGGAAGAUUUGAUAAAGAAGACCGAGGAAAUAGUGACAGAUAGGAGCAAAAAGCUAAAAAUAUUGGAAUACUUGUUGAAGCUCUCGAACAACAACGCGACAGUGUCGUGUGUCACGUGUAGCGACCUGUUGGACAGGAUGCGGGAUUAUCCCGAACUAGCUAGAUAUUGCUUUUCCUUGUUUCCACAUAGACGGAAAGCACUUAUUGAAAUGGAGCAUGACGGUUGCAAUGAGAAUCAUCCAAUACCGACACAAACUCCCAUAGUAGUUAAUACAGCUACCAAUAUUAAAACAGUAGAUAGUCAAAGGCCAAUAGAUAUAGAAUUCAUUGAUGCAAGUAAUAAUGUUGAUAGCUCACAGGCGAAAGUAACGAAUAGCAUUGAAAAUGACAAAACACAUAUUUUUGAAGAUCCAAAUACACAAUCACAAGCAAAUGUAAAUAUAAAUAAUAACACAGAUAAAGAAAUUGAUGAAAAUAGUAAUAAAAAUGAAACAUGCACACAAAUUAAUGGAGAUAUUAAUAUGGAAGACACACAAACGCAAGAAAUGAACAAAGAUGAGUGUGUAACACAAAUCGAAGAUAUGGAAUUAGAUAAAAAGGAAAAUGAUAUAAAUGUAAAUAAUACAAUUGCGAAAUUAAAUGGAGAUGAUACAGGGAAAAAUAUUGAUGAUGAUGAAAUGGAACAAGAUGGCGCAUUGAGUAUAUGCGAAGAAUCCAACACUGGUUCUGACUGUAUUAUAAUAAGUGAUGAAGAGAGCAACGAUAAAUCAAAUUUAAAACCGAAAGAAAUUUCUGAAUCCAAAAGCUUCACGGAAUUUAUUGCCUCUAUUAAAAAAGAGCAGAUGGAGCUAACUACAAUAAAAUCAGAAGUCGAUGAUGAUGAGCAAGAUGAACAAAGCAGGCUUUACUUUGUACCUGAUGAUGAUUUGUGUAAGGAAGAACCUAUCGAGUGGAAACGGGAUGAAGAUAAAAUAAUUCUCGAAGUACUUAAACAGCAUCUGUCCCCAGAAGAGAGGAAAGACAAAACAAUCUUUGAAAUUAUUGAAGAGAAAGCUAUCCCACAAAUGAUCUCUGAGAGCCUUUCUCAUAAAUCAUUAAAUGAUGUUAGGGAUAGAAUAUUUUAUUUAUUACAAAUACUUCUUAUGAAUGAAUUAAAUGAAUAAAUUGUUUACUGGUUU